UCAAAGUAAGAUCAGAUACUCUCUUUUCUCUAGCUUUCUUUUUCAGGUGCUGGAUUCUUCCUUCAGAGAACCAACAAUAAAAGGAAUGAAUAACAUAAAUAAAGAUGUAACAACGCCACCAUACCGGACAACAUACCCAAAUGGAAGGAAGAAUGGACCAGGACUCAUACUCACCAACAAAGCCCCAAGAUGAGCGUUAUGUGUUUUUAUGUGGUAAAGAAUAUGUAUUUGGUAGAAAAGAUUGUGAUGUGAUAUUAACUGGUGAUCCUGCUGUUAGUAGAAGACAUGCUACUAUACAAAUCAAUCAUAGUGAAAGUAAUCUGGCCUUUCCACACAAAUUGCCAUUAGUUCUGUUAAAAGAUUUGUCUAAAUUUGGAACCUGGUUGUCUGGUAAAAGAGUUGAGAGUGAAGCUCAUCUGAAGGAUGGAGAUCAAGUUUAUUUUGGCUCCCCCAAAUCCAGUUUUACGCUGGUGUACGAGCCAUUUAUUGUAGCAACAUCUUGCUUGGAUACUCCAGCUAAAAAACUAAGUCGUACAUUUAUUAGUGAAAUUGGUGGUCAUCUUGUAAAUGACUGGCGUAAAGAUUGUAAUCUUCUGGUGAUGAAUUCCAUCAGCGUUACCAUUAAAGUUGUGUGUGCUUUAGUGUCACAAAAAUGUAUUGUAACACCAAAUUAUCUUGAAGAUUAUUUGAAAUAUCUGGGAAAAGAAGGAAACGAACCAGACCCUAAAAACUAUUUACCAACUGUUAUUGAAUCAGAAAUUAAUUCUGACAGUGUUUCUUUCUUACCUGAUGUUAGACGGAAGACAUUAUUCCAGGGAAUGAAAUUUAUAUUUCUUAUUCCCAAACAGUUUAAAAAGAUGAAUGUGGCCAUUGAAUUAGCUGGUGGUAUGCCUAUAUUAAUGGAAGAAGGAUCAGAUGAUAAUGAUGAUAGUGUUUUGUGUCAGGAUGGAACGGUUGUCAUGACAAUAACUGAAGAUUUAAAUUCUUUAACCCCUAAUGCUAAACAAUGGUGUCACCAGGUACAAAAAAUCCUUAAAAAAAAUAAGAAAAAUAUGAUUCCUGAUUCUGAAAUUGGCUAUGCCGUAUUGUUUUGUUCAACAGAAAACCACUGUAAUCCUGAUAUAUCUAAUAAACAGGUUAUUCCAGAGAUAAAAUCUCAAUCAUUGAAUACAGAAUCGAUGUUUGAAACCUCAGAUAUAUUAGCAGUAAAUACAGAAAUUUCUCAACAAGGGAAGACAAGAAAGACAAAAACUGUAGCAACACCUGGUGGAAGACAAACAGUUGAUGAAACAUUUAUAUCAAAGGAAGCUGUGAAGAAAGCAAAAUCACCUGUUCUUAGAACACGUGAAAAAUCUCCUGUUCCAAUUAGAAAAGGACCAACUCAGUCUGUAGCAGAUGGUGAUGAACCAGUAGUAGAAAUUAAAGAUGAACCGCUGACACCAAUGACAACAACAUCAAUGAACAUAGCUAAAGACUCUUCUAUAUACACAGAAAUAACAGAACAAAUCAAAACGGAACCCACAUCAUCCCGAAAAAGAAACCGAUCUCCUAGUCCAGUUCCGGGGAGAAAGAGACAACCAAAUUCUACAAUUGAUGAUGACGAUUUGAUGAUGACAUCUACUAAUCAAAAUAUCCCCAAAAAAGAGAAUGUUGCGGUAAGAAAGCGAGGAAGAUCCCCAUCACCAUCGACCAGUAGAGAUAAAUCUGCAAACAAGCGUAAUAAAAUUGUUGAAGCAUCCAUUUGUAAACAGCCAACAACUACUGUGAUUAAAAAUGAAGAAAUUGUUAAAGAAGAAGAUAUCACCCAUGUGGAGGAACCUGUAGAUGUUGACCAAUCAGAACAGACACGUAAUGAAGAACCAGUACAGCUCCAUGAUGGAUUCUUAACAACUAGAAAACACUUACAGAAACCACGAGUAAAGAACGAAGACUAUAUAUUCGAAUCGGAUUUACCAGAAAGAUGUGUUGUUACGUCAUUUGUCGAACUCGUAACACGACCACCAACAAAAACACCAUUAACACGUGGUGAAGCUGUACCACAAGGUUAUAUUAAGUGGAAAGGCCAACUUGUUAAAAAUUACAAAAAGUUUAAAAAGGUACAACAUGCAGGAUCACAUGCCUUACCUAAUAUUAUUGGUGGAAGUGAUUUACAAGUUCAUGAAGUUGAAAGAUCUAAAGAUUUAGAGAACUGGUUUCAACAAUCAAUGCAGGCAGAAAGUCAACAAAAUGAACAAGAAAAAGAAGCUCAAGAACUAUUUGAUUUCCAACCAAAACAUUCAAGGAAGAAAACAAGAUGACCGCCAUAAUUGUUUGAUUUAUCAAAAUGUAAAUAGUUAAUAAAUAAAGAUAUUUCAUGUAAAA